CUUGGUGGUUUAUUCAACAAUCCACCUAUACCUAUACUCACCUUCCAGCGCGUCAGUACGAAAGAUACACGCGGCUUGUACGAAACAACCGUUUGUUCAAAAAAAGUACAUUAUUAUUUUGUUAUUUUUUUAAAAAUAAGGUGCUUUUAUAUUUUAAAUUUAAUUUAAUAUUUUUAUAUUGAAAAAGUUUGUUUAUUGUUUUUUUUUUUUUCUGUGGAAAGGUGACACAAGUGGUUAUCAUUUUUGGAACCUUUUUUUUUUGAAUAAUUAAAUUUUAAGUGAAUUUUGUGAAUUGACAAUUGUGUACAUUUAUUUUAACAACUUAUUUCGGAUACAACAAAUUAUUGAAGUAUAAAUUUUUGGCCAAGAGAUGACAAAUUGUUUGAGAUUGUUUUGACAACUUGUUCAUUUUUUUUGUUUUUUUUUUUUAUUGAAGACAUUGCUAAGUUAUUAAAAUAAAAAUGGAGUCUAGUGAAUGGGAUCCAGCAACAUUGAGAGAAGAAGAAUUAGAUAAACUUGCAAGAACAUUUUUAGUACCAGAUGCACCAACAUCACCUGGUGAGACAAAUCGUGCUGAAGCAUCAUUACCAAGAAAUCUUGUUCUAAAACCAUCACAAGCUCUCAAUGAUGUUUUGGGCGUUUGGAGUACUGAUUAUAUACCAAAAGGUACCAGAUUUGGUCCUCUUGUUGGACAAGUUUAUGUCAAAGAUUCUGUACCAGUUGAUGCAAAUAGAAAAUAUUUCUGGAGGGUUUAUAGAAAUAAUGAAAUAUUUUAUUACAUUGAUGGCUAUGAUGUGCAAAAAUCAAAUUGGAUGAGAUAUGUUAAUCCAGCAUAUUCAUCGGAAUCACAAAAUUUAAUUGCCGGUCAACAUGAGAUGGAAAUAUAUUUUUACACAAUAAAGCCAAUAUUACCAAAUCAAGAACUUCUUGUUUGGUAUUGUCGUGAAUUUGCUGAAAGGCUAAAUUAUCCAUUGACUGGUGAAUUAAUGUUACAACGUAUUAGACAACAAGUACAACAAUCAACGAUACCAGCUGAAAUAGUAUCAUCAGUUGACAUAACAAUACCAUUAAAAGAAUCAGUAAUAUAUGAAAGACGUUGUCAAAUGACACCAACUGAAGGCUCAGUUAGAUCUGAUGAAGGCUAUCAUUCAAAUGGUUAUCAUGAUGAAAUUCUAACACCACCAGAAGAAAGCAGUGAAUCUGAUUCAGAAAAUAAUUAUGUACUUGAUUUUAGUAAAACAACACGUACAUCAAAUAUACAACAAAAUAAUAAUUCAAAUAAUAGCAAUAAUAAUAAUAAUAUAAAUAUAAAUAAUUCAAAUAAUCAAACAUCUGUUAUAAAUAAUAAAAAUGAAUUAAUAAAACAAGAAAGUGUACUUGUUAAAAAUGAAUAUAGAAAAGUUAAAAUUAAAAUAACAAAAACAUAUAAUAAUUUUUCAUCAACAAAAGGUAUUGAAUUAAAAGAUAAAGAUGAUAUAUUAAAACGUUCAAUAACACCAGAAUUACAACAACAAAAAACAACAGUUAUAUCAACAUCAACAACAUCAAUAUCAAGUGAAGAUGAAUUAAAUGAUAAUAAAAUUAUUAAAUCAUAUUAUGAUACAGAUAAUAAUUGUAAAAAUAAUUCACAUACAAUAACAACAACAACAGCAACAAUAAGACCACCAUAUAUGACAAGUCCAAGUAGUUCAAUACUUGAAAAUAUAUUAUUGCGAAAUUCAACAGACUCCAACAACAACAACAACAACAGCAACAACAACAACAACAACAAUUCAAAUGUAACAAGUAUGCAUCAAAAUAGCAACAACAACAAUAAUAUAUUACAACAAACGCACAAUGUUGGAUCAACAAUAAAUGUUACAAACAAUUCAAUAACACCACCACCACCAUCAAGUCCAACUGAAAUGGCAUAUUCAUACAAAAAAUCACACAGAUACGGAAAUAUAUUACCAUGUAGUCCAGAUUCAAGUUCAAAUUUACAAAUACAAAGUGAUUGUACAUCAUCAAAUAACACAUCACAUCAUGUUAAUUCAACAAGUAAUCAUUCAUCAACAACAAUGCAACAAAGUCCUGGUAAUUUACACUCAAGUAGUGGUAAUUUAUUGCAUCAAUAUAAUUCAACAAAUCAUACAUCAACAACAAUACCAAUAUCAAAAUCAAAUAGUAAUAAUAAUCAUCAAGAUGAAGAUGAUGAUGAUGAUGAUGAUGAUAAUAAUAAUAAUAGCAACAAUAGUAAUAAUAAUAUAAUUAAUGAAAAUAGUAAUAGUAAUAAUAAUAUUAAUAGUAAUAGUAUACAUUCAAGUACUGUAUUAACAUCGACAACAAGUGGCCUUCAUUCAACAUCAUCAUCAUCAUCAGCAUCAACGACAACAUCACCAUUAUUAAAAUCACGUAAAUUAAAAAGUCCAUCACCAGUAACAAUAACAACAUCAACAACAAUAUUACCAAAUACAGCAACAUCAACAAUUGGUCCAUCAACAAUAAUGUAUACAAAUGGUACAACAACAACAACAACAACAAGUAAUAAUAAUAAUGGACAUAUUGAAUCAAGUACUGGUAAUAAUUAUUCAACAAAUUGUAAUAGUAAUAAUAAUUCAACAAGUGUAUCACCAAUAUCAUCAAUAAGAUCACCAUCAACAAAUUAUCAAUACAGUAUUUAUCAUCAAAAUAGUACAUUACAUCAUAAUAUUGCACCAUUAUCAAUAAAUUGUGCUCCAUAUUCACCAACACCAUCAACAAGUAUUAUUUAUGAAAGAAAUGAUAAUAGAAGACAUGAUAUUACAAAUUCACAUCAGCUACCAACAUCAUCAACAAUGCAAAUUGAUUGUAACCAAACAAAUAUUGUUAAUGGUACACAUAAUUUACAUUUAAAUCAUCAUAAUAAUUUAACAAUACAUUCAACAUCAUCAACAAAUAUUAAUCGUUAUUCACCAGCAAGUUCAUUGUCACCUGAUGAUCGUGGUUGUUCACAAAGUGGUUCAUUAAGUCCAAAUUCACAAGGUUCAAGAGGCUAUCGUUCAUUACCAUAUCCAUUAAAAAAAAAAGAUGGUAAAAUGCAUUAUGAGUGUAAUGUUUGUUGUAAAACAUUUGGACAAUUAUCUAAUUUAAAAGUACAUUUAAGAACACACUCUGGUGAAAGACCAUUCAAGUGUAAUGUUUGUACAAAAAGUUUUACACAACUUGCACAUUUACAAAAACAUCAUCUUGUUCAUACUGGUGAAAAACCACAUCAAUGUGAAAUAUGUACAAAAAGAUUUAGCUCAACAUCAAAUUUAAAAACUCAUCUACGUUUACAUUCUGGACAAAAACCAUAUGCUUGUGAUUUAUGUCCAGCAAAAUUUACACAAUUUGUACAUUUAAAAUUGCACAAAAGACUUCAUACUAAUGAGAGACCAUACACAUGCCAAGGUUGUGAUAAAAAAUAUAUAAGUGCAAGUGGAUUAAGAACACAUUGGAAAACAACAAGUUGUCGACCAAAUAAUAUUGAAGAUGAACUUGCACUUGCUGCUGCUUCACCAAAUUAUUAUGAGUUUGGAAAUGAAGCAAGUGUUGCAGGUAAUAUGCAAAAAGAAUGUGAAAUUGAACAUAUUGAUAAUUAUGAAAGGCGCAAUGGUGCACAUUCAACAACUUUACAUAAUUUAGAAAACUCAGUUGGUCGUCCAAGUGUCAUUGAAUCAUCACAACCACACAUCAUUGAGUGUACUUAAAUAAUCAUCAAGUGGAUAAAUAAUAUUCGCACAAAAAAAAACAAUUUAAAAAUUAUUAAUUUAGUUUUAAAAAUUAUUGGGGAUUUAUAAUUAUCAAGUGCGUGUGAAUGAGUGUAAAAAGAUGAGAAAAAAAAAUAGAUAAAACACCAAUUUUUAAUUGUAAUUAUAGAUAUAUAUAUAUUUUUUUUUUAAUUUCCCCAAAGGUGCAAUGAUUUAUUUCCAAAGUGAGAAUAAACUAACACGUGUUUCUUCGUACUAAUUGUAUAAAAAAAAAAUUUAUAAUUUUACUAAUUUCUCUUUCUUCCGUAUAGUAGAAAAAAAAUGAAAUUUAUUAUAUAGUUAAUUAUCGCGGAUUUCGUCGGCGUCCGUUAAUUAAUAAUUAAAAUAUUAUUUUAAAAAAUUUUUGGUGGAUGAAAAAAUGAUAUUUAAAACAAGUGACGACAUGACUGUAACUAUACGUGACCUGUUCAAUUAUUAUUUAGUUAAAAAUAAAAAGACAAAAAAAAAAAAAACAAAAAAAAAAAAUAAUAAAAAGAAUAAAAAAUGAAAAAAAAAAAAAUUAAAUUUGAAGAUAAAGUUAACCAAGCGGUGGACUGCCUUCUCAUUUGAAAAUUUAAUUAAUAAUUUUUGCCUCAAAUAAAUUCUCAAUUUAUUUAAAUAAUAAUUUAUUGAUAUUAAAAUUUAAAAAAGUAAAAAAUAUAAUUCACUCACUAGAUAUAAAAUAUAAAUAUAUUUUUUAUGUAAAUAUAUUUUUUAAGACUGUUAUUUUAACUAAUUAAUAAUAUUUUAAAUUUGAUGUUUUUUUAUUAUAUAAAAAAAGAGAAUUUGUUGGAAAUAAUUCUCAUUCUUGUAUAACGAAAACCGAUCAGUAUUUUAUAUUUUUUUUUUUCUUUAAAUGGCACUUUAUUCUCUGAAUUUAAAUAUCUUUUUGGCUAAUAUAAAAUAUUCUUCCAUUAAUUUUAAGAAUUUUUUUUUUCUAAAAUAACAAUGUGAGAAAGCAGCUCACCGCAAAAAAAAAAAAUAAUAAAUAAUAAAUCGUUGAUAUUGCUCAUAGAUCAGCGAUGAAUAAAAUUAAAAAAAAAAAAAAUCUUAUUAAAGAAAAUAUAGAAUAUAAAAUAUAAAUUUUUUUUUUCGGGUUUUUUUUAAAAAUCGCUUGUCUAUGUCGAUAAAAAUAGACGACUUGUAGACUGAUAUUAUAACUCAUAAGAAUCAAGCUCAGCCGU